AUGGCAAAGCAGAGGAAUGGGUUGGAGGAUAUGUCGUUUGAGCAGAAGGAUUUACAUGCUGAAGUUGCGAAGCAGAAGAAACUUGUUUUUGAACAAGGGGAUGCAAAAGUUAUGUUUAACUACUUUAAGAGGAUGCUUGAGGACAAUGAUAAAUUCUUUCAUACAUAUCGAGUUGAUGAAGACGGUUGGUUGAAAGAUGUUCUAUGGGUUGAUGCUAGAAGUAGGGCGGCGUACGAGGAGUUUGGUGACGUCGUUGUCUUUGAUUCUACGUAUUUGACUAACGAGUAUAAGCUUCCUUUCUGCAAUUUUGUUGGUGUCAAUCACCAUGGGCAGACCAUUCUGCUUGGUUGUGCUCUUGUUAGUCGUGAGACUGCCGAGACUUUUGAAUGGGUAUUUUCAAGUUGGCUUAGAUGUAUGGGUGAUAAAUCUCCUAUUGGGAUUCUAACGGACCAAGAUCCAGCAAUGAAGAAGGCAUUGAAGGCGGUUAUGAAGGGUACGAAACAUAGAUGGUGCAUUUGGCACAUUCUCAACAAGUUCUCUCAGAAGUUAAGCAAGCGCAUUUAUUACCCUGAGUUGAAGGAGGGACUGCACCGAGCUGUCUAUAACAGCCUUGACUGGUUGUUUGAAAGGGCUAUGUGGGUUCCCGCCUUUGUGAAACAUUUGUUCUGGGCAGGGAUGAAAACCACCCAGAGGGUGGAAAGUAUUCAUAGCUUUUUUGACGGGUAUUUGAGCAAGCACACCUUAUUACAUGAAUUCGUGGAGCGGUAUGAAGAAGCGCUCUCGAUUUACACUGAUGCAAAAUUCAAAGAAGUUCAGCGUGAAUGUACACGUAUGAUGUAUGUUAGUGGUAUUGAGAGAAGGCAAGUUUUUGAGCAGAAAGAGAUACCGUCUAAGCGUAAGCGUAGAUAUGUGGUUACUUUUGACAUUGUAACCAAGGAUGCUUCUUGUGAAUGUAAGCACUUCGACUGUCAUGGAAUUAUCUGUCGUCACAUAAUUAAGGUUUAUGAGUUGCAUGACCACUUGGAUAUUCCAGAGAAGUUCAUCUUGAAGCGGUGGAGGAAAGAUGUGAUAAGGUCGUACACCCGUGUCAAGGUUGGUUAUCAUGAUCCAAGUAAGACAGAGGAGGUUUGUAGGUUUGAUAAGAUGAUGGUUAAGUUUAAUUGUGUUUGCUCUAAGUCGUCCUUCCGCAAAGAAACAACGAAACUUGUUCUUGAUACGCUUCAGUUACUUGAGAUUCAAGUGAAUGAGAUGGUAGAUAUGAUUAACAAAAAGGCUGAGUACAAUGGGGGUUGA